AUGUUGACCAGAUCUCGCGCCCAAUCAAAACGAAAGGAAUCUUCGUUCACAGAAAAUUCCAGUGCCACACAAGAGGUUUCACCGGCCAAAUGCAAUGGGUCAGCACCGGUUGCACCUGCUUCGCCCGUGUUGCCACCAGCGUGUGUUCCGGAAUCCCAUGAACCUCGGUCUUUGAUUCCUCCCGUAUUUGCCCUUGUUGCGUCUCUUGCUUUCGGUGCUUGCUACAUAAAUUUCGGAUCCCCUGGGAUGGGCGAAUAUAUCUCCGCCGCCUGCUGUGGCGUUUUGGGGCUUUUACUGUUUGUUUCCAUGGCCUUCAUCCCCGACGGUCCGUUCAUCCGACCUUCUCAAAUCAUGUGGCGCAUUGCUCUUGGCAUUGGCCUUUUUUACAUGUGUAUCCUGAUUCCGUUCCUUUUUAUUCCUCUUGAGACUGCGCGCGAGGCUCUGCGCAUUGUUUUCGACAGCCGCCUCGGCGUUCCAUUGCCAUCCCGUUCAUACGCAGAAGCCUGUGGGCUGGACACGUGGCAAACCAUUUUCGACCAGCUCGAUGUUUUUGUGGCGCUUCACAUUUUUGGCUGGGUCUUUAAAGCACUGAUCUAUCGAGAUGUUUUUUUCUGCUGGAUUUUGAGCAUUGCCUUUGAGCUUUUGGAGUAUGCACUACAACAUCAGCUCCCGAAUUUUGCAGAAUGCUGGUGGGAUCAUUGGAUCCUAGAUGUGCUUCUAUGCAACGCCAUUGGAAUCCUCGUGGGACUGGUUCUGGGCCGCUUUCUUUGCGUCAAGCCGUUCGCAUGGGCAUAUUCUAGCUCUCGUUUCGAGCAAAAACCCACCUCUUUGGCCACGAAAUCCUUCAAAAACUAUCUUCAAGUCCUGUUUCUGCUGGUUGGCUCUUUGACUGCCGAGAUCACCUGCUUCUAUAUUAAGCAUCUGCUGUGGAUUCCGACCGUGCAUCCGCUCAAUGCCUUUCGCUUACUUUUGAUAGUCUUUCUUGGUUCUGGAGCUGUGCGUGAAUUUUACGACCUGUUUUCUAAAGACUGCCAUAAAUCAUCCACGACUCAAAAAGCUCGGCCCUUCGCUGCUGUCACAUCGAUCAUCCUUAUCUUCGAGUCGAUCAUCUGCGUACGGUGGGGACAAGACCAGUUUCCGAAUCCAGCUCCAUUGGAGGUGAAAGUUUGUGCACUUUUUGCUGCUUUUGUUCUUCUUGUCCUUAUUCCAACAUUAUUAUUUAUCCUGCCCUCAAUAUUCGGUAAGCAUAAGAAGGAGUCCAAGUAA